AAAGGGAGGGAGCGAAGGAAGAUGGCGGGGCGGGCGCCGGCGGGAUGGGAGCCGACGAAACUGCGAAAUUGAGCCGCUAGGGGAGGCCGGUCGCGGAGGCAGGAAGGAAGGAAGGGCGGGAAGCUUGCGGUGGCUGCUGCUUCCUCGGACGGGGCCAGAGCUGCUUUGAAGGAACAGCUGAGGCGGCGGCGGCAGCGGCUGGGCUGGUCCCGGGGUCCGGCCGGAGGCGGAGGCGGGAGGGCGAGAGAAUGGUGAAUCCGGAGCGGCGGCGGCGCUGCUGCAGCCGGACCUGCUUGGUUGUGGCCUCACGCGGCUGGGCCGCGCGCUAGUCAGGUCUGGAGGCGGCGGCGCGGAGCACUCGGAGCCCCGCGGCCGAAGAGCGGCUGCUGGAGGGAGAGAACUUACCGCCGAGGCUGCGGCCCGGGAGCGGCGGUGGAGCCAUGCCGUGGCUCAGCGGAGGACGGAGACGGCGGCGGCAGCAACAGCAGCAGCAACAGGCGGCACCGACGACGGCGCCCGGAGGACCAGGGACGGGGCCGCCUCCUGUCGUGCCCGCUGCGGCGAUCGGAGGCGGCGGCGGCGGCAGUGGGCCGCGGGGCCGGGAGAGCUCGGAGUUGCCUUUGCCCGCUGGUUGGGAGGAGGCGAGGGACUAUGACGGACGCGUCUUUUACAUCGACCACAACACCCGGCAGACUUCGUGGAUCGACCCCAGGGACAGGAUUACCAAGCCAUUAACUUUUGCUGACUGUGUUGGUGAUGAACUACCUUUAGGAUGGGAAACUGUUUACGAUCAACAGAUUGGUGUUUAUUACAUGGACCACAUAAAUCAACACACACAAAUUGAAGACCCAAGAGAGCAAUGGAGAAGAGAACAGGAGCGCAUGCUAAAGGAAUAUUUAAUCGUCGCUCAGGAAGCACUUAAUGCCAAAAUGGAAAUUUAUCAAAUUAAGCAGCAGCGAUUUGAACUAGCACAAGAAGAGUAUCAACAGUUGAAUAAAAUGUGCGAGGAUGACACUCACUCUUAUGCAAGUACAUAUUCUGGAUUUUCAACCAACACUAAAUACAACCCAUCUCAGAUUAAAGCAGAAAUAGCUAGUCGACGUGAUAGACUUUCUAGAUUAAAGAGAGAAUUAACACAAAUGAAGCAAGAGUUACAGUACAAAGAAAAAGGAGUCGAAACACUACAAGAGAUUGAUCGGAAGAUGUCUAAUUCUCAUAUGAAUUAUAAAUUGGAUGAAGCCCAAGCAAUAAUGAAUGAACUUCGAAGCAUCAGGAAAGCCAUAUGUUUGGGUGAAAAAGAACGGCAAGACUUAAUGCAAAGUCUGGCCAAGCUGACAGAUGGAUUCAGAAAUAGUUGUUGCAUUACAGAAUCUUUUCAUGAUCUUCAGCACAGUUCUGGUUCAUUCAAUGAUUCCAAUCUAUCUCAAAUAUAUUGUGACGCUUGUUCUCAAACUGACGUCAUUGGCGAGCUUGGAUUGGAAGAUACAACAAGCUAUAUAGACAAAAUGAAACUAAUUUGGCAGUAUGAAGAGACCAAAAAAAGAGUUUUCAGAAUCCAGCAACAGUUGGCUUUACAAGACCAGGAAUCUUGGCCAGGAAUGGCAGAGGCUGAUAUUGAUCAUCUUCAGCUUAUUAAAGAAAAAGAGGCUCUCUUACAAGAACUGCAGCUUAUAAGUCAACAGCAGCGUUCACCAGAAGAUCUGAAACACAUAGAGGAGGAAAAAAGGCGCUUGGAGGAGGAUAUCCAGCAGGCUCAGGCUACUUCUUCUCAUGGUGCUGCUGAAAGGAUACUCUUACAAGAGAAGAAGAACUGUUUGCUUAUGCAGUUGGAAGAAGCAACUCGUUUAAGUUCCUAUUUAUGCUCACAAUUGAAAAGUUUAUCUGCCAGUUCUUUGACAAUAUCUUCUGGAAGCAGUCGAGGAUCAUUGGCAUCCAGCCGUGGGUCAUUGGCAUCCAGCAGAGGCUCCCUGAGUUCAGUUAGUUUCACAGACAUCUAUGGUCUCCCUCAGUAUGAUAAAUCUGAUAUUGCUGUUGAAUAUGGUCAUCAUAUGCGAUAUGAUCCAGUUUCAGUUGAUUCUCAUAACAAAGAUGUACAGUAUCAUGAAUCCGUCGGAUCUCCAGCUAGCAGUAAACAACGAAGAUCCUUAGAUACUCCUCUGUCUUUGGCAUCAUUGUCAUCAAGAUCAUCCCUUUCUUCACUAUCACCUCCAAGUUCUCCCCUGGACACUCCCUUCCUACCAGCUUCUCGGGAUUCUCCAUUAGUUCAUAAGUCAGAAGGGUAUGAAGAAGUAACAUACACAGGUGCUUCAGAAGUACUUCGAGCUCAGGGCUCUGUUUUAGGUGAAGACAAAGGACAAGAAAUUGUGGCAUUUAAGGCUACUGAAUAUUCCACAAGAAAUGAAGCCGGGCUGCAAAUUCUCAAUAUUUCGAAUUCUGGUGCUGUGACCUUACGUGAAGAUAGUACUAGAAGAUUGGAAAGGAGAUCCAGGCGAGUCUCAGCAUGUCUGUCCAAUUAUUCACUGGCUAGUGACAGUGGCGUGUUUGAAGCUUUAAGCAAAAGAAAUGAAGAUGUUGAAGAAUCACUUUAUAAUGAUGGUGUCACUAAUGAAGAGCCCAAAAUGCAGGUUGGAUUUCUGCAUGACAGUGGAAGUGAAUGUCUCCUUGUCCAUGUGUUGCAGCUGAAGAAUUUUACUGGCUUUGCCAUGAAAGAAGGCUGUAAAAUACACGUGAGAAUAUACUUACCAUCUGUUGAAUCAGGCACCACAACCACAUAUUGCUCUAAGGCUUUGGAAUUCCAGGCUUCUUUAAUAUUUAAUGAAGUCUUUCAGAUUCCUGUACAAUCAAAUAUCUUAAAACUCAAAACACUGCAACUUUACAUUUGUUCACUUGGCCAGCACCAACAAGAAGAAUUAUUGGGCAUUGCUCAGAUCAGCCUAGCUAACUAUGAGAGUGCUAGUGAGAUGCAGCUUUGCUGGUAUCCUGUUCAGACCUUCAUUGGUUCAGAUUGUGAACAAAAAAAAGAACAACCUAAGCGUGAAGAAAGUGCUUCUCAUUCUGUUGAAAAUAAAAAUAUAAUGAAAAUGGAUGCUGUGACUGUUCUUUUAGCUAGGACCACAGCUCAACUGGAAGCUGUGGAGAGAGAGCUUGCAGAGGAAAGAGUAAAACUGGAGUACACAGAAGAAGAAAUACAACAGAUGGAACAAAAAGAGGAUCAGGGAGAAGCUGUGUCAGAGAGAAGCUGGCAAGCAGAAUCAGUUGAUAGUGGAUGUAGUAAUUGCAUGCAAUCCAGUCAUCACUUGGACUCCUAUUGUGGUGAAUCAUUGCAGAUUCCCAUGUUUGCAUCUCAAACAGAUCGGUGUAUUUCUGGAAAAAAUCUGGCUUCAACAUUAAAGGUGGACAAGGAGACUAAUACAGAAGAUCUUUUUCCAGAAGAAAUGGUUUUGUCUCAUAAAAACAGACUAGGCCGUCGCUCCCGUGGUUCUGCAUUUGUUCGUAAUAAUACUAUUGUUCGCUCACAGACAUUUUCACCUGGUGCACGAAGUCAAUAUAUUUGCAGACUAUAUCGUAGUGAUAGUGACAGUUCCACUUUGCAAAGAAAGUCACCUUUUAUACGGAAUACUUUGGAAAGGCGUACGCUGCGUUAUAAGCAGCAUUCAUGUAGAACAUCUUUGGCUGAUCUUAUGGAAAGGACUUCCCUAGACCUGGAGCUGGAUCUUCAGGCAUCAAGAACAAGGCAGAGACACUUAAAUGAGGAAUUAUCUAUUCUAAGAGAAUUGCGGCAGCGUCUGGAGGAUGCCCAGCUUAGUGGUCAAACUGAUCUGCCUCACUGGGUCAUUCGUGAUGAACGAUUCCGAAAUUUGCUGAAGGAAGCAGAAAGGCAGACAAAGCAAACAAAAUUUGAGAAUCGUCAACAACAAGCAGCUGAAAAAUUGCUUAAAAAGGCUUCCAAAGAAAUAUACCGACUGCGUGGUCAAAAUCAAAAGGAACCUCUUCAGGUGCAGACUUUCCGACUUCAUGGAAUAAAAAGUGAAAAUGAACAGUUAAAAGAUUUUUCAUUUAUAGUCUGAAGUGAUAAAACCGAAAUAUGAGUUACCACUUGAUUGAUCACUAGGCUUGAGAAAAAUUACAGGCUUUUCCUUAAUUGUCUUAAACUUUUAGAAUACAACUCUUUUAUCAGACAUGGUACACUUUCACAUUUGACCUGCUAUGCAUCUGCUUUUAGAUAUAAGCAGAUAGGUUAUGUAAAAUCAAAUCCAUGUCUGUAAGUACUAAUGAAUCUAAAAUUUUUGAAGUACAUAUUUGGCUAAUGAUAUUUUUAUAUAAACAAAGAAUGUAUACAUAUGCGCACACACAAACUUUCUAUAUUUAUGUUCUAUGUUACAUGAUAUUUUUUUCUGUAACAAUACAAUCAGAUACUUUAGGCUCAGGCUAACUGAUUAACUGCAUGAUCCUGAGUCACCCAAGGAGGGGAAAUGUAAUAUCAGGCCAUUCCUGCUCUUAGUUCUAUACUAAAUCUCCUGGUUUUCAUACAUGCAUAUAUUUGUACACACACCCAGAUAAAGAUAAACCAUAAAAAAUAAAUGUAGAGAGGGGAUUUGAGGAUUUGAAAUCUGAUUUAAUUUUUUCAUCUUGUCUGAAUUUGUGGAGGUCUCAUAGAUUAUGCUUUAUUAUGCAAAUACAUUUGGUGCAGUUUCUAAGGUAAUUAAGAUAGCAUCCAGUGGGACUAUGCAAAUAUGGGGAUGAUUGAGGACAUCCAAACACCUGUUUAUAAAUUUUUCUAGUCUUAUGUUGCUACUUUAGGAGUUGGUUUCGGGUGAAUGAAGUAAUAUUGUGCUUGUUUAUUUGUUAAAUGGGUUAAACUAUGAAAUAAUUGUA